AUGUUAGCCCUGGCGGACCAGUGCGACUCGGCUGCCGCUUGGCUCCAGCAAGGCGGGAUGAUCGAGCUUUACCACCGCGGCGAAGCUGACCAGAAUCUGCCCGUUCAAGUGGAGCAACGCUGCCCACACUACCAAGAGCUGUCAAGGUUUUUCCAGGCUGUGGUGGAGGUGCCAAGUGCCGUCAGCGUCAGCGACAACAGUAACGGUGCGCCAGCUCUCGUAGCUCCAGAACCAGCAAGAAAUAUGCAGGAGCUGGACGCCAAUGCCGCUGGUCCACGUGAUAAACAGAAGCGGAAGCGCGAGCCACGGACCAACUCCGCGCCGUCGAAGAAACGCCAGAAACAGGAGACGCGACGUUCAACAGCGGCUGCUUCAGUUCUCCAGUCGGCAAAAAAUGCAGCGAGGUCGGCGAGUCCUGCAGCAACUCGCCAGUCAGAGGGAGAUUUCACCGACACUGCUGCGAGCCGAGAUACCAAGGACGACCUCAGUCGCAGGCUGCUUGAAUGCGAGCUGCAGCAGAAAGAGGAUCUGGCCAGGUGCCACCUCGAGGGCGAACGCGAGCGAGAACAAGUGCGCACGAACUCCGAGCAGGAGCGCGAAGAGAUCCGCAUGAACUGCGAGAAGCUGCUCUCGCGACACAAACUGCUCAGCGCCGGCGUGCCGAUCGAUGUCGUGGAUCGCGCCUUCCCUCUGUGA